UCAAAGAAUUUGUCUGUUAAUUCCAUUCAAAGACAGUAAUGGACUUCCCCUUAUUCCAAAAUCCAUGGGAUGCGUCGUCUAACGGCCGUAUCGUGAGAAGCUUUAGAGGGAUCCCAGUUCAGGUCAAGCCCGAAGCCUGGCCGCCUCGGUCUUUCAAGCCCAAGACGGUUUCGAUCCCCGUCCGCUUCGUCGGUUCGGAGCUGUCCAGAUCCAAGUCGGCAAUCAAUAUCCAGAAGGUGCUUAGGGGAUUCCUGGUGAGAAAGAGCGUGAAGAAGAUCAUGGCAAUAAGGGAACAAGUGAAUGAAAUGGAGCGUAGUGUUUCCAAGACGGAGACAGUGGAAUUGAUUCGGAAAGAUUCGAAGGAGAGGUUGAGAGUGAACGAGAAUCUGAUGAGAUUGCUUCUUAAGUUGGAUUCCGUUAGAGGAGUGGAUUCGUGCGUAAGGGAUUUAAGGAAAUCCGUUAUUAAAAAAGCGAUCGCGUUGCAAGAGAUCGUUGACGCCAUUAUUUCCGAUGACCACUCCGUGGAUUCCAGCAGUGCUGAAGCAGCUGACCAAAACCAAGGUAUUAUCGAUUCUUCCGGUGAUUGAAAUCGAACUCGAGAGUUGGAAAAUCUGCCUAAUUUGAGUGAAUCGGGAGCAACUGUUGCUGCUGCAAAUCAAGAGAAUGAACCGGAGACUCUUGAAACGUGUCGAAAUGAGAGCCAAAGCGAUUCGUCUGCCGAUCAAGAGAAUGCAGUUGAAGAAGAGGGAACAUGGAAGCCUGAUAAUGAGAAGGAAGGGAAGGGGAUGAAUAUUGUUGGCAAGGAAGAAAGCGAGAGAAAGCAGAUGUUAGAGAAGAUACAGGAGGACAAUAAGAAGAUGACGAGGUUUAUGGAGGCGGUGUGGGAGAGGUCCGAGUUGCAGACUCGGAUGUUGAGGGCUUUGGCUCAGAGGGUGGGGCACCUGGAGAAAGCAUACAUGUGUGACAAAUUGAGGAGAAAGAAGAGGAGAAACAAUGAUAAAUGUGGAGGGAAGAGAUAGGUUUAUGACUUGGAUCCUCCAUUUUUUUUAUUUCU